ACUUCGCCUCUGCCUAUCCUCUCCGGUCUCCUCACCCCCCAAGCACUGAAAGCAGCCGUUCCCGCUGUCCACGUCUGCCUGCCUGCCUGAACCGGUUUCUUUUUUUACGCCAGACACUUUCCCUGCGACCGACGCCACUAUGUCCAAGAGAGUCCAGACCAGCUACUCCGUGAGGUCGAGCUCGGCUCCGCGGAACUACAGCAGCGCGUCGUACAGCGGCCCGAGCAUGGGCAGCUCCCGCCAGAGCUACAGCGCACGGAGCACCUUCGGGGGUGCCAGCCGCGGCAUGGGGGGCGGCGGCAUGGGGGGCGGCGGCGGCGGCGGCUUCAUCUCCAGCAGCUCUGCCUACGGAGGCAUGGGGCUGGGCUCCAGCAUGGCAGGUGGCGGUGGCGGUAUGGGCAUGGGUUUCGGUGGAGGCAUGGGGGGCCCCAUCACCGCGGUGACGGUGAACAAGAGCCUGCUGGCCCCUCUCAACCUGGCCAUUGACCCCAACAUCCAGGCGGUCCGCACCCACGAGAAGGAGCAGAUCAAGGGCCUCAACAACCGCUUCGCCUCCUUCAUCGACAAGGUGCGCUUCCUGGAGCAGCAGAACAAGAUGCUGGAGACCAAGUGGAGCCUGCUGCAGCAGCAGACCACCACGCGCUCCAACAUCGACGCCAUGUUCGAGGCCUACAUCACCAACCUGCGCAGACAGCUCGACGGCCUGGGCAACGACAAGAUGAAGCUGGAGGCGGACCUCCACAACAUGCAGGGCCUGGUAGAGGACUUCAAGAACAAGUACGAGGAUGAAAUCAACAAGCGCACAGAAUGUGAGAACGACUUUGUGCUCAUCAAGAAGGACGUGGAUGAGGCCUACAUGAACAAGGUUGAGCUGGAGGCCAAGCUUGAGAGUCUGACCGACGAGAUCAACUUCCUCAGGCAGAUCUAUGAAGAGGAGCUGCGUGAGCUCCAGAGCCAGAUCAAGGACACGUCGGUCAUCGUGGAGAUGGACAACAGCCGCACCCUGGACAUGGACUCCAUCGUGGCGGAGGUGCGCGCCCAGUACGAGGACAUCGCCAACCGCAGCCGCGCCGAGGCGGAGACCUGGUACAAGUCCAAGUACGAGGAGAUGCAGACGUCGGCCACCCGGUACGGAGACGACCUGAGGUCCACCAAGACCGAGAUCGCUGACCUCAACCGCAUGAUCCAGAGGCUGACGGCCGAGAUCGACGGAGUCAAGGGACAGCGUGGAAACCUGGAGGCCCAGAUCGCCGAGGCGGAGGAGCGCGGCGAGAUGGCCGUACGCGACGCCAAGUCCCGCAUCAAGGACCUGGAGGACGCCCUGCAGAGAGCCAAGCAGGACAUGGCCCGCCAGAUCCGCGAGUACCAGGACCUCAUGAACGUCAAGCUGGCGCUGGACAUCGAGAUCGCCACCUACAGGAAGCUGCUGGAGGGAGAGGAGGACAGGCUGACGCACGGCAUCAAGUCCAUCAACAUCACCCAGCAGAGCUCGAGCUACGGCGGCGGCUACGAUGGCGGCGUGAAGAGCAGCUACCAGAGCGGCUACUCCAGCGGCUACGGUGGUGGCAGCAGCGGCGGCGGCUACAGCAGCGGCGGCGGUUACAGCAGCGGCGGCGGCUACGGCAGCGGCCUGGGCGGCGGCGUUAGCUUCAGCUCCGGCAGCAGCGGCGGCGGCGGCUACGGUAGCGCAAGCUACGGCAGCGGCGGCGGCGGCAGCUUUACCACCCAGACCAAGAAGAACGUGGUGAUCAAGAUGAUCGAGACCAAGGACGGCAAGGUGGUGUCCGAGUCCUCCGAGAUCGUCGAGGAUUGAGCGGGUUAAUGGAAGUCGAGAGGUUGAGCUAGCUCCGUAGUUAGCGCUGUAGAAGGCCCCCGUGAUGUUUUCUACCAGUCCCCUAGUAGUUUUUUUCGACUCACAGUCCACUACCCUAACACCCAUGUAAUACAUGUCUGAAGAAAACGCUUGGCAGCCAAUGUCCGACAGCAAUUUUAUAAAGAAGUGUCUAAAUGAAGCAAUAACAACCCUCUAACCCUACCAAAGAUUGGAAAAGGGACCAAAGAAUCUGUUGUCCAUGUUUUGUAAAGUUCUGAAUGUUUUAUUCCUGUUUGUACAAAAAAAAAACUUUCUGAAGUAGCCUCAAGUGGUCAAAUAAACCCACCGGUGAAUACAGUGACUAAUACAUUGAUAUUUUGUGUUUUUAAUCCUUCCUAUGCAAGUUUGUAGUCCAAACUGGUCACUUUUUAAAAAUUUGCCUGCACAAAAAUAAUUCUAACAAACCGGGGACAAGGCGACGUCGUCAAAGCAAUGUGAAUGUACUGAAGCCCCGCUAGUGUUUGUGGGUCAAACCGAUGUCUUAAGAAAUGCCAGCCGCAUUGACACCAAUGCACGCUGUUCCUCUGUGCGUCCCGUCCAGACCUCACAGCACCAUGUGGUCCAGGGGUGGCGGUUUUGCUACCGAAACGAAUAAAGAAGGUGUUUACGUAAACAAA